GCAAGCUGUUGGAGUCAGCCGAGCACAAUUUAGUGUUGCACGCGUUUGUUUUCUUUCCGUGUGCCGCAGCUAGCAUUGCUAGCAACAAACUGAAAACUGCAACACCUUUGAAACCAUACGUGCUGUUGAACUGAUACUAAAACACAAUGAAACCCGCAGUGGACGAGAUGUUUCCUGAAGGAGCUGGGCCCUAUGUGGAUCUGGACGAGGCAGGAGGCAGCAGCGGUCUGCUCAUGGACCUGGCAGCCAAUGAAAAAGCAGUGCACUCUGAUUUCUUUAAUGACUUUGAGGAUCUGUUCGACGACGAUGACCUUCAAUGAUGACGGCAUCUGAGCACCUGCGUGUUGCUGUGAACGUGUACAUAAGAAAAAUCGUGAUAUUGGGCUUUUGCUGACUACAAGUUCUCUCUUAUUUGUACAGCCCCCUCCUCCUUUAUGUCUGUCAUCACUGUACUGAAAUAAAGACUUUUUGUUUUUACUAUAAGAAAA